AUGGUCUGGCCAUUCUCUCGUCCUUAUCCUGAGCAUAAAGCAGUCGAUGUCGAUGGCAAGACAUUUGACUAUGUCAUCGUGGGCGGCGGAACCGCCGCAUGUGCCCUGGCCUCUCGACUCACUGAGGACCCGAGCACCAGCGUCCUCGUCAUCUGUAAAGGCGUGGUCAGGGAUCACUGGAUUGACCGCAUCCCCAUUGUUGGAAAUGCGAAUGACGGCAAGGGUCCUCAGAUCGAGACAUUCUGGUCUGAGCCUGACCAGCGGUGGACUGGAUGCAAAACCCGGACAUUCAACACUCAGGCACUCGGCGGUGCCACCAGAGUCAACGGUUUGAUGCUCACACGAGGCGCGCCUGGUAAUUACAAUCAGUGGGCUGCGCUUGGAAAUGAUGAAUGGAGCUGGGACAAGUGCGAGCCAUACUUUAAGAAGAUAGAAAACGCCGCUUGCCAUCCCAACGCCCCCCAUCGCGGCCAUGAAGCACCCGAGUAUUUGCUCACCUAUGGCCUUGACAGCAUUCAAAAGGCAGCAGGCGACAUGAACAUCCCCGUCCAAGAUGACGGCAAUGACCCAAACGCCCCGGCCAUGGGUCUCUUCACGACCGACAUCAUGAUAGACAAGUAUGGCUACCGUCAUUCCUCGUUGGCAGCUUACCUCCCAAGGUCGACGGUUCAUGAACGCGAAGGCAAACUCACCAUCUGCACUGGUGUUGUCGCAACAAAAGUUCAGACGAAUACAGAUGGAACAGAAGCUACGGGUGUCUACAUCUUAGAUCACCUCAACAAGAGCCCGCCAGGAAAUGCUUCCGGUAUAGGACCAAAGGAACAGCUUGCCAAGCACGACAUCCCACUUGUACGUGAUAUGCCAGGAGUUGGCGCCGACCUCCAAGACCACGUGACCUUCAGCAUCGCGUUCCACACCCGUCUCAUCGACUCAUAUCUCCGCAUGUUCAAUCCUCUUAUUGGCAUUUGGCACUUUAUCCUCUUCCUCCUUUUCAAAACCGGCAUGCUGGCGACGUCUGGAGCGAGAUUGUGUGCCUGGUUUCACACGAGUACCAUUGAUGAGCCCACGAUGACUAUAAAACAUUACGGCAACGGUACCGAUGACAAGCACGACAACACAGAUGCCCUUCGACCAGAGAAUGUGCCCGACAUUGAGCUCCUGUUUAUCAAUGCUUCGUACGACUUUGAGAAGGGCAAAGGAUACUGCGCCUUUCAGACGACGCUUGUACAACCAUUCUCAAGGGGCAGAAUCGAGCUCGCCUCGUCAGAUCCCCUGGCACAUCCGAAAGUGUUCCAUCACUACAUCACAGACCCCCGCGACUGGGCAGCGGCGCGCAAAGCCGCCCGUUUCUCGAUGAAGUAUGUGGAGCGCUUUCGACAGACGGAUUAUCCGUUCAACUCUACUUGGCACCUCGCACCCGGGGUCAAGGCUAGGACGAUGAAAGGUGGGUGGCGGGAUGUGACGGACGAGCAGAUUGAUGCCUACAUCAGGGAGCGUUUGCUCAAUAUCUACCACGCAACUUCAACAUGUCGUAUGGGGACAGGAGAAGAGGAUAGUGUUGUCGGGCAGGAUUUGAAGGUCCACGGGUUCAAAAACUUGCGGAUCGCGGAUGCAAGCGUCUUCCCGAAGGUGACGAGUGCCCACACUGUGGCGCCGACUUACAUGGUGGCAGAGCGAUGUGCCGACUUUAUCAAGAGUGAUUGGGCCAAGGAGAUUUGA